AUGACGGGCAAAGUGGCGGAUAUCUACCAGCUCCCAUCGGCCUCCCUGAUGCUCUUUCUGGGGCAGCCUAUCCGCAACAACCGGCCCGAAUGGCUGCUCCUUGAGAUCGAGGGCGCCGUUCUCAUUCGCGACGUUCGGGCCGACCUCGCCACACGCAUGCAGAGCCCUGUCCAUGGCAGGGUCGCCGUCAUGCAAUUGAACACGGGCGAGGGCAAAUCCUCCGUCAUCGUGCCUAUACUCAUUACCUCGCUCGCAGACGGCGACAAGCUCAUGCGCGUGCUCCUGAUGGGCAUCGAGCAUAAGACAAGCUGCAAGAAUGACACGGCCGAUCGAAUUCUGCAAUUGCACGAAUACAUGCGUAGGCACAGCCGCGACGUGGUUGACGAGAGCGAUGAGAACUUUAGUCCCAGAUUCGAGCUCGUCUACUCACUCGGUCAGCCGCAGGCGAUCGACCACAGCCCGGAGCGCUGGACCUGCAUCCGGGAAGUCCUCAAUCUAGUCCGGAAAUGCCUGCCCGAGGUCCAGCAUGACUUCCCCAUGGAGUUGACAUCCUCCCGGGAUCUGAAGGUUGCUUUCCACAUGCGCGACUAG